AUGGCCAAGCACCUCAAGGUGCUGGUGGUUUUGAGGGUUGAACUCUUGAGCCAUGGGGACAUUUUUGCCCAUUUUGAGUUAUGGGGCUGUAGGAAACCUACAGGAGCUGGUGAUGGUGGAGACAGGACUGGCCCUCCUUGGUUCCUCCCCGUGGCCAAGAACCUGGAGUUUCCAGGAUGUGGGAACAUCGUGACCUUCUCCCAGUUCCUCUUCAUCGCCGUGGAAGGUUUUAUCUUCGAGGCCAAUUUUGGGAGGAAGAGCCCGGCCAUCCCAAUCAGGUACUAUUUGAUCAUGGUGGCCAUGUUCUUCACCGUCAGCGUGGUGAAUAACUACGCCCUCAACCUCAACAUCUCCAUGCCCCUGCACAUGAUCUUCCGCUCGGGUUCCCUCAUAGCCAGCAUGGCUCUGGGAAUCAUCAUCCUGAAGAAAAGGUACAGCGUGUCCAAAUACACUUCCAUAGCCCUGGUAUCCCUUGGGAUCUUCACCUGCACUUUCAUGUCUGCAAAGCAAGUGGCAUCUGACUCCAGCCUAAACGAGGAGGAUGGAGUCCAGGUUUUCCUGUGGUGGCUGCUGGGCAUCGCCGCCCUCACCUUCGCCCUCCUCAUGUCCGCCAGGAUGGGGAUUUUCCAGGAGACUCUGUACCAGAGGUUUGGGAAGCAUUCCAAAGAGGCCCUCUUCUACAAUCAUGCCCUGCCACUCCCUGGCUUCCUGCUCCUGGCCCCCAACAUCUACCAGCACGCCGUGCUCUUCAGCCAGUCCGGUGAGUUGGGCACGGGAAUCCUUGGCCUGGACCUUCCCAUCCUCUGGAAAACGCUCCGGGAAUCUUUCAGGCCGGCAGUUCGUAACAAUGGAGCGGAUGGGAUAGAAGCCACCAACAUAGAGGUGGGAGAGGAAUUUGCCAGCGGACAGGAAUAG